UGGCGUGACGUCAUCUCCGUGAGCCGGGUUGGCGCUGAAACAGUGUGGGGCUUGGACCGCUGGGUGGGCGCGUCCAGAGGCCUGAGCAGGGAAGGGUAAUGAGGCUGUUACGCCCCUUCUCCGCGUCUUGGCGGGAGCCUGACCCCCUACUUGUUCCCUAACGGGGUGUUCCGCCGGCUCCCGCCGGGGCCUAGACCUCCACAGCCGCCCUCCGUCUCCUCAGCCCCGACGCUGCGCCCGCUUUGUGCGCAUUUUUCUCUGGGGAAACUGAGGCUCUGAGUGCGAAAGUCAGCCGAGGUCGCCCCACCCAGGACAGAGGAGGGCUGGGGUCGACUGAGCCGCGGCAUUCCUGGGCCCCGCUAGGGCUGCAGGGUCCCAGGAUGGCAGCCUCGGCGCAGGUAUCUGUGACCUUUGAGGAUGUGGCUGUGACAUUCACCCAGGAGGAGUGGGGACAGUUGGAUGCAGCCCAGAGAACCUUGUAUCAGGAGGUGAUGCUGGAGACCUAUGGGCUUCUCGUGUCUCUGGGCUGUCCUUUGUUCGAACCAGAGCUGAUCUACCAGUUGGAUCGCAGAGAGGAGCUAUGGAUUGUUAAGAAAGACCUCUCCCAAAGCUCCUAUCCAGGUGACAACACAAAACCCAAGACCACAGAGCCUAGCUUUUUUCACCUGGCCUUGCCUGAGGAAGUCUUACUCCGGGAACGACUGACACAGGGAGUCUCAAAGGACUCCCAGUUAGGGCAAGCCAAGGAUCAAGGUGGACCAUCUGAAAUGCAAGAAGUCCACUCGAAAGUAGGGAUAGACUCCCAGGGGGAGAAGCUCCUGGAGAAAAUGAGUUCUGAACGUGAUGGUUUGGGGUCAGAUGAUGGUAUAUGUACAAGGAUUACACAAAAACAAGUUUCAACAGAAGAUGAUCUCUAUGAAUGUGAUUCACAUGGACCAGUUACAGAUUCCUUGAUUCGUGAAGAGAAAAAUUCCUAUAAAUGUGAGGAAUGCGGGAAAGUGUUUAAAAAGAAUUCCCUCCUUGUUCAGCAUGAACGGAUUCACUCUCGAGUGAAGCCCUAUGAAUGCACAGAGUGUGGGAAAACCUUUAGCAAGAGCACUCAUCUUCUUCAGCACCACAUCAUCCACACCGGGGAGAAGCCCUAUAAGUGCAUGGAGUGUGGAAAGGCUUUUAACCGCAGGUCACACCUCACACGGCACCAGCGGAUUCACACCGGAGAGAAGCCUUACAAGUGCAGUGAAUGCGGAAAGGCCUUCACCCACCGCUCCACUUUCGUCUUGCAUAACAGGAGCCACACUGGAGAAAAACCCUUUGUGUGCAAAGAGUGUGGCAAAGCCUUUCGAGAUAGGCCAGGUUUCAUUCGACACUACAUCAUCCACACGGGAGAGAAGCCCUAUGAGUGCAUUGAGUGUGGGAAGGCCUUCAACCGCCGGUCAUACCUCACGUGGCACCAGCAGAUUCACACUGGAGUGAAACCCUUCGAAUGCAACGAGUGUGGAAAAGCCUUUUGUGAGAGUGCAGACCUCAUUCAGCACCACAUCAUCCACACCGGGGAGAAGCCCUAUAAGUGCGUGGAGUGUGGGAAGGCCUUCAACCGCAGGUCACACCUCAAGCAGCACCAGCGGAUUCACACUGGGGAGAAGCCUUAUGAAUGCAGUGAAUGCGGAAAGGCCUUCACCCACUACUCCACUUUUGUCUUGCAUAAAAGGACUCACACUGGAGAAAAACCCUAUGAAUGCAAAGAAUGUGGAAAAGCUUUUAGUGAUAGGGCAGACCUCAUUCGACACUUCAGCAUCCACACUGGAGAGAAACCCUAUGAGUGCAUGGAGUGUGGGAAAGCCUUCAACCGCAGCUCACACCUUACGAGGCACCAACAGAUUCACACUGGAGAGAAACCCUAUGAAUGCAUCCAGUGUGGGAAGGCCUUUUGCCGGAGCGCAAACCUUAUUCGACACGCCAUCAUUCACACUGGAGAGAAGCCGUAUGAAUGCCGUGAGUGUGGAAAGGCUUUUAAUCGCAGCUCCUCCCUCACACAUCAUCAGCGGAUUCAUACUGGGAGAAACCCUACCAUGGUGACAGAUGUGGGAAGACCUUUUAUGACUGCACAGACUUCAGUCAACAUCCACAGACUUUUAUUAGGGAAAGAGUUUUUGAAUAUCACCACUGAAGAAAAUCUGUGGUGAAAGGAACAUCUUACCAUCUGGCCAUUCAUACUGAAGAGAAACUUCAUAAGCAUCCUGUCUGAGAAAACCUGUCAUAGAUUAUCAUUUGUCAUCUGAACAAUCAUGUUAGAAAUUGAAGCAGCCUGGAGUCUUAUUCUCCAUCUGAGAAUUCACCCAUGAGAGAGACCCAGUGGUUACUAUGCACUUAGGAAAACCUUCAGCCACAUCUUUCUUCUUAGUUUACAGUGACAUAUUAUCUCAGGGAUAUUUAAACAAAGGAGAAGGAGAUAUAGGGAAGAGGAAUAAAACACAGCUUCUUUUAGACUUGUCUUACAAGCCUAUGGCAAUUUGUCAUCCCUUUUUUAUUUUAUUUGGGAGAGGGAAAUGUUUCAGAAACAAAAAAUCUCAUCCCCUUUAUUUUUCCUCUUUGUACAUUCACUGCUGCCCAGUGUCUGAACAGUUAAGACGAAUGGGGGUUUGAAAACAUUUGGUGAAAGCUUCCUUAGUCCUGCAACAUUCUCCACUCUUGAGGUGUAGGAGCAUACAUCUUUAUAAAAAAUAUGGAGGCUUGAGUUAUGAAACACUUUUAUAAGGAGAUAAGGAUGUAUGUAUGUUUGGACACAUUGUCCACUUCAGAUGCUUGUUUAAAAAAACUUUCACUGGAUGUCUUUACCCAAUACACAUACUUUUUCUUGAUGUGGGUUUACUUUUUUUUUUUUUUUUUUAGUUUUCCUGGGAUAGGGAUGAUAGUGUAAUUGUUCAUGCACAGAGUAAUCCUGGGCGGGCAUCUUAGUUUUUUCCCUAUGAUUGUGGUUUCUCAGCUUCUUUACCUCUCCUUUGAGAGAGUUAGAUCCACCUCACUUUUCUAAAGGUCAGAUUAAGGCCCCCAAAAAAUACAGUAUGUAGCUGAAUUCAUUUAAAAGAUCGUGAUAAACUCAGAAAAACAAACACAUAGAAGGAAUGUCAUUUUUAAUCUUUUUAAACAGUGUGUGAAAAUUCUCUUUAACUGGAAUUUUAACACGUAAGCCAGCAUGCAUAUAUGUAGGUAAGUGUGACUUUCACAGUUGUCACCAUGGACUUAGGCUUGAUUAAAAUGAUACACAUUUAGAGCAUUUUGGAAUUCCUUUUUGAUAACAUUUUUAAGACUAGAUUUUGAGCCACAUGUGAUAGUAUUACCUCAUAUUAAAAAUAUAUAUUGUACAGUAGUAAAAAUAAUCAUGUAUUCA